CAGUCGUCCACUCGAACAUCUCUCAAGCUCCAAAGGGGGUACACCGCGCUCCCACAAAAAUCAUGGACCUGAACAGUCAGUUAGAGAAUAGUAAUAAAGCUAAGCUCUUGGCUUGCGGCUAACCACAGAACCACCCUACGAUGGAGGAAACCGGCCUGAUGGCCUUCCUCGCCGUCCCUUCCCUCCUCCCGUGUGCUGGGACUAGACAUGGCUGCAUACAUGUAUUUCACCUAUUGUGGACAUAGCCUCGGAUAGGUUGCCUUCUAUCUUUAGUCCUUCGCCUUGAACUCAUAGAUAAGUGUCCAUGGUAUCCCAAAACCAAAGCACUCCCGCCACGAAACCGCCUCGUACAUGUCAUCGAUAUUUAUGAACUUCCACUUCCUUGAAUCAUAACGUCCGUCUGUAUAUUCUCAAGCUAAAGCCCCAAUACAAUGUCUUCUGACGAUGAGAUCGUCAACAUUCUCUCGCUGGACGGCGGGGGCGUUCGUGCCUUAUCAGAAGUCAUGAUGCUUGAUAGGAUCAUGAAAAGGAUCCAAGAGAAACAGGGCCUUGCGGAGAUGCCGAAACCAUGCGAUUACUUCCAUCUGAUCGGAGGUAUUGGCACUGGAGGAAUCGCUGCAAUCCUAUUCGGAAGGCUGCGUAUGACGACUACCGAGGCUCUCACAGGGUAUGAGAACAUUGCCAGUGAGAUCUUCAGUACUCGAAAGAGGAGACUCGAGUUCUCCGUCGACUUCAGAGAGGAAAAGGUCGAGAAAGGGAUGAAGAACAUCAUGAAAGGCCGCAACGAUGGCACGCAAAUGAGAGACGAAAAGGGCGAACGCUCUACCGGAAAGUCUUUUGUGGUUGCGCGACGGUCGGAUGGCUCAUUGCGCCGCAUCCGCGCCUAUCGUCAUGAGCAGAAUCAGUUGGACUUCACCAUCUAUGAAGCCGCAAGGGCAACUGCAGCGAGCAUCGAGUCCUCCGGGGACCGGUAUUUUUCCGACGAGACCAAAGACUACAAGAACCCGAUAAGAGAAGUGCUAGAGGAGGCAACAGAAGUCCUGGAGAACACAGCGAAAGUUGGUUGCGUUUUGAGUCUGGGGGCCGGCACCAAAGACAUACAUCAUCGCGACGAACUGACAAAAGAUGGCAAGAAACGACACACCGAAAAGACGAAUAGUGACAUGAAAAGGCGCUUCGCCAACGUGCCAGACACGUACUUUCGGCUGAAUGUCUAUGACAUGGCUGACAAAGUCGAAGCUAAUAAAUCCCACGAGAUUCCCGCGGUGAAGAGCGAAACAGAGCGGUGGCUAGGCACAAGUGCCAUGAGAGGUGUAAUCGACCGAAUCGCCGAUGUCCUCAUCAAAGGGACCACAUCAGGCGUGACCGUCGACAAACUCACGCUGGAUGAAAUAAACCCCAAGCCGAAGCAGGAAGAGGAGGAAACCGUCGAAUCUCCCCCAGCACAGUCAGUGUCCCAUGCCAACACAAACUCAAAUCAACUCAUUGACUAUAACAACAACGACAUGGACCCCAACGACCCUACUUACCUCUCAGAACAAGCCGCCCUCUGGGCCCAAUACUCCGAAUACGCCUCCGCCCUCGGCCCUUCCUCGUCCGAAUCCCUCGUCCUCCUCCACCGCAUCUUCAAACACAUGCUUACCCACGAGCACCUAUCCUGCUCGCUCCGCGUCGCCGAAGAGGGCUACAAGCGCAGUCUCGCACGCCACGGCCCCCCCUCCGCGAUCACCGCGCUCACCACCUGCUCACAUCUCGGCGACGUCAUCACGGCGCUGACAUUGCUAGGGGAGUUCGCCCGUGCUCAUGAUCUUCUUGAGGGGCUGGUGGGCAUCUUUGUGAAAACGUUGGGUCCAGAGCAUAUAAACACACAGCAGGCGAUGGAGACGCUCGAGGAGCUAAAAGAAAGAAAGCGACAGAGAGAGUGGGGGAUGGGGCGGGCCAUGUCGAUCAUGAGGAAACACGAGGACUGGGUGAGGGGAAGGCCGGAGGCGGUGUUGAGGGCUGAGGUCGGGGAUGCGGGGUAUGAGCAGAAGGAUAGGGAUUAUGUAAAUGCCGUGGCAGUUUACGCGGAGAUUCCGGUGAUGGAUGCUUGUAGGGCCAAGGGGGGGUGUAAAGAGACGGGGUUCAGGGAGGUGGACGAGAAGUUGGCGAUAGGAGGAAGGACCUCCAAGGAUGUAGAGAUGGAGAUGGGCUUGGUUGAUGAUUUUAGUUAGAAAGAGGAACCCCAAGGGAGAGGACUGGACUGCUCAUGUUUACUUGUGGUGUGGGCCUUUUCAAGGCAGGGAGUGUACCAGUGAUGCUGCCAUAUUACUUGAAGCCUUUGUGUUGCUUUCCUUGGACCUCAGCUGGAGUUCAAAUGUUGCUACUGUGCAGAGCGACAUCUGGAUGUCUUGACUCUUGCCAAACUGGACUGUCGCAUGACCUUCAGUUUGCAACUAAAGUAGCAAGUUCUGCAGAUAUUGGCCAUGGCUGCCCUCGCGUUCAGUUCUUCGGGGAAGCAACGGAGUGGAGAUUUGGGUAUGACCUUCCCAAUCCGUCCUUUGAGACGGAUCAUGCUGACGCUGUGUUGGCUAUGUUCGAUCUGUUCCUUCCCGUCCAAAAUUGCCUUGAGCUCUCGGUCCCGGCAACUCGUCUGCACAGCCAAUUGGAAUCAGGGCCGGCCUCGCUUCUUUCCAAAUCAGCUCGUGUAAUG